AUGUCCUCAAUCCCCAACCCAGUCAUUCAACCUGGCUCCUGGAUCCUCGUGACCGGCGUCAAUGGCUUCAUCGGUUCCCACAUCGCCGACCAACUGCUCCUCGCCGGCUACAAAGUCCGCGGCACCGUCCGCAACGCGUCGAAGAACGCAUGGAUGGCAGAGUUCUUCGAGUCCAAGUACGGCAAAGACGUCUUCGAGCUCAUCGAAGUCGGAGACAUGUCUCAAGAAGGCUCACUGGACGCCGCUAUGAAGGGAGUUGAAGGCGUCGCCCACGUCGCCUCCGUACUCUCUCAAGACCCCAACCCCCACAACGUGAUCCCCCCAACCAUCGCCUUCGCCGUCAAUGCGCUCAAAGCCGCGGCUGCCGAGCCAUCCGUCAAGCGCUUUGUCCUGACGUCCUCCUCGACGGCUACGUAUGCACCUGGGCCGAACCUCGGCCGCACCAUCGACGCGAAGACCUGGAACGAGGACUCGGUCAAGGCCGCUUGGGCGCCCGCGCCGUAUGAGCCGGAGCGUACCUGGGUCACUUAUGCCGCCAGCAAAACGGAGGGGGAGCAGGCGGUGUGGAAGUGGGUUGAGGAGAAUGAGCCUGCGCUUGUUGUUAACGCGGUGUUGCCUCCCGUCAACUUCGGCCCCGCGCUCGACCUCGCGCGUCAGGGCCGCCAAUCGACCUCCUACGCCAUCACCGAGGCGCUGGAAGGGGAAUUCAAGAUCUUUGGCGGGUUUGCACCGGGAUUUUUCGUAGACGUGCGCGACACCGCCCGCCUGCACGUCCUCGCCUUGCUCCACCCGGACGUAAAGAACGAGCGCAUCUUCGGCUUCGCGGGGAGCUUCAACUGGGAUGAUGUGUAUGCUGUGCUUCGGCAGAUGUUCCCAGAGAGGGACUUUCCCGAGCCGGACCCAAAUGCGCCGAGGGACACGAACAAGAUCCUGCCGGCAGGCAGGGCGGAGGGGUUGUUGAGGGAGAUGGGGAGACCGGGAUGGGUGGGGCUGGAGGAGACUGUGAGGGCUAGUUUGGAGGGGGUUGCUUGA